AUGGAGAACCACCCUUUGAACUUCACACAAAAAGGUGACGUGGCAGUAAAAACCGUUACACCCGAGAAUUCAGCCGCGAAUUCCGGAAACGUCCGUGGCGGUACACGUCAUCCAGUUUACCACGGAGUCCGGAAACGGCGGUGGGGGAAAUGGGUGUCGGAAAUUCGAGAGCCGCGGAAGAAGUCGCGGAUAUGGUUAGGGUCUUUCCCGGCGCCGGAGAUGGCGGCGAAGGCUUACGACGUGGCUGCGUACUGUUUGAAAGGGCGUAAUGCGCAGCUUAAUUUUCCAGAUGAAGUGCACCGUCUUCCGUUGCUUCCUCCGCCGUCUUCGUGUACGGCUAGGGAUAUUCAGACAGCGGCGGCCAAAGCAGCUCGCAUGAUGGUUACCAAAGCGGAGAAUGAUACCAUUGAUUCCGGUGGUGGUGAUGAUUUUUGGAGGGAGAUUGAGUUGCCGGAGCUUGUGAACGGUACGUGGUGGACUUAUUCUGUUAACGUUGCGGCGGUGCCGGAGAUUGAACUUCCAUAG